CCCGACUUCGUUAUGAAGCAGCUGAGCUGAGCUGCUUGCCCAGGAGAAUUGUGUCAAGCCAGUGAGCCCCAGAAUCUCCCCUCAAACAGAGGGUUUCCCCCGCCAGUUGCAAUGAGCGCGGUGCGUUGGAGGCCGUAGUCUGUCCACCUGUCCGUCGAGAUGCCCGACAAGCGGCCCCUGGACCCGACCCAGCCGGUGCUCUACAUCGAGCACUGUAGGCAUCGCCAAAUCUACCGCAAAAGGGCUUUGCAUCUCCACUCUUCGCUUGCGGACGCCUUGCGGGCCAUCCACCCGAAGGUCAAUCUACAGCUGAGGAUCAACGACUGUGGGCCACCGCAGGUUGGAUCCUUUGAGGUCGCCGUGUCACCCACCCCCACCGAGGACACUAAAGCGCGGCAGAGGGUAUGGACGGGAUUGAAGCGAAUGCCCAGUUCAUCGAAGAUUCCGCAUGUAGACGACAUUCUCAGCCCGGUUUGCUUUGCCCUCAAGCUCCGGGAUCCCCACAAGGAGUCGCAUCGAAAGGUGCUCACCAAUCUCAGGCGCAGCAUAGACAAAGAAGAUGGAAAGUUAUAAGGCAGGGCUCUGGGAAAUCUCUACAACUAAAAUUUUAAGAUAUUAAACAGGAAAUGCGUCCUUUUUGAA